AUGGCUUCCCCAAACGCCGCCAUUGUGCCCUCCAAGCGGGCUAACACUGACUACCCGCUGAUCGACUCUGACCCGCACCUGCGACGUGUGUUUGGAUAUGCUCGGCCGUCUGAUUACGCUGUAGCCGGAGGAGCAGCUGCCGUUUCCCCCCUAGCCUUCUGGAUCAUGGAGCGAGUGAGCCCGUCGCAUGUGGGUCGCGGUGGUUUCUCUCCUGUGAUGCGCCUUGCUACCGCUGUCGGUCUCAUUGGAGGUCUCCAUGUUUUCUACCAGCGAUCCUGCCAACGUUUCUACGGAUUCACUGAGAACGCCAGAGAAGUUGAGUUGGACACUCGGGAAAUGGUCGACAAGGUGAAGAGCGGCCAGCCCCUUUAUGGUCCUUCCGGCGUGUCCUCUUAUAUUCAGGGUGUCGCUGCCCGUAACUCUCGGUAUUCUGAGUUGUUCAUCCACAUAAUUCCCUGGUUCAACGUUGUCAACCACGACCAGCACGGUGUUGAUACUGCCAAGUACUACCAACAAGCAGAGCGUGAAUUGGAAGCUGAGCGGACCUCUUAA